AUGGAAAUUCAGAUAGAAACUGCAGUGAAAAUCUGCCCUAUUGAAUAUGGAGAAAUGGUUUGUGUACAAAGUGAUCCCACAACAAAUACCAUACAACUGAAUCAACAAUUAUAUCCUGUGAAUUAUGCACUACCCAUCAGUUGUUGUCAGAGUACAAUGUUUUCUAACAUUAUACCUAUGGUAAAUUUUUUACUGGAAGGCUGUGAUGUUUCCAUUGUAACUAUAGGUCAGUCAGGAACUGGUAAAACCUAUACAUUAUUUGGACCAGGAUUUCAUUUUGCAGCUAGUGAGUCAGAGCAUGGAGUGGUACCUAGAUUUAUUCGGGAAAUUUUCUCAAAAAUUGGUUUAUAUAGGGAUAGAACUUUCACUGUGCACAUUACAUGGUCCCAAAUAUAUGGAGACAAUGUACAAGAUCUCCUGGGUGGGGGAAGUAUUGAGUGCCUAGGAAUUGUAGAUGCAUUUCAACAUAUACAAGUUGGGUUAUCAAAUCUAACACAAAAAGGGGCACAUUCCCUAUUCACCAUCACACUAGAACAACAGUGGACAGUUGAUUUCACCAUUCAUCAUAAGGUGUCUACUGCUAGCUUUGCAGAUUUGGCAGGAAGUGAUAAAAUUGUAUAUGAUGGUAAUGGAUAUAUACAAACUUUACCAGUAGAUCCUGGUCUUCAAGCUCUUCAUCACUGUAUAAUGACAUUAUCAGAACCAUACAUAAAUAAUUUUAGUUUGAAUCAUGUACCUUAUUCUCAAUCAGUAUUAACAACCUUAUUAAGAGAUUCAUUUGGAGGCAGAGCUAAGACUAUGGUGAUUUGCUGUAUCUCCCCAUUACUCAAAGAUUUUGUGGAAACAUUGUACUCCCUACAGUUGCUUCUACGUUGCCAAGCUAUCAAAAAUACAGUUACAGUUAAUUCCUAUACCACAUAUGAAACUGCCCAGGAGAGCUUUGAUGUAUUUGGUUUACAGUUUGCAGCAAAUCAAUUACUCAAGUUGGUAUCUAAUGCAGAAGAAUUAUUUCAAAAGCUUGUAGUGAAUGGUGGUUUGAAUAAGAAUGAAAUUGAGCAAAUUUCACACUGGCUCACUCUGAAACAGGAGUGUGAAGAAUGUCUGAGUGAAAAUUCAGAACAACACAGGUCCUUGGAGAGAAUUGAGGAGGAAAUUGAAGACAGUUCAGAAACUGUGAGUGACAGUGAAGAAGUGUUGGAGGAAGAAGAAUCUCAAUCCCUUUAUGAAAAACUAGAUGGAUUAAUGGAUAAUUUCAAAGUAGCUACUGAUAAACUUAUUUAUAAAGCUAAUGUGGUGGAGAGUAAUCCUGCCAAGAAGAACAGUCCAACUAGUUCUAAUAGUAGUUACUAUUUCAAUAGUAGUAGAUGUAGAAGAGGAAGCAUCCAUUCUAUCAGUUCUAUAGAUUUACCAUUUGCAUCACCAACUGAAAUGAAACUGAUUGAAGAAGAUGUGUUUUUACAUAAUGACCAGAAAAAUGAUAGUUCCUUAUCAUAUGAAAUGAGGAAGAAAGUUCUGAAACAAAUAAAUAGUGCCAUUGAAGGUAGCCAAAAACAAAUCAAGAACUUGGAAGAAACUAUUAGAGUAAAGGAAAACUUGAUGAAACAACUCCUUGAACAUAAAGAUAUCCAAUCAAAUGCUCUUUUGAAAAUAAAACAGAAAUGCCAGAAGCUAAAAAAAGAAUAUGAGACUACCCAAGACAAGAUGAUUCAAGCACAAACCCAAAAGAAUCAUUAUUUGGAGGGAAAAUACAAGACUGAACUAGAGGAAGUAGAAGUUAAACUGAAAGAUAUUGAAUCUCUAAAGAAUAUAACUGAAGAUGAAAGGAAGAAACUUAUGCAAUUAGAAACUAGUUUGAAGUCAUCAAGAAAGCAACUGGAGAAACUAAAGAAACACAGAAAAGAAGAGGAGAAGAGAAAGCACCAUUAUGAAUGUAAAAUUGCAGAAGAAACCACUAAAUUGAACUUAUCUAAAGAUAGUAAUACCAGUGACAAGAAUAAGAAAAGUAGUGAUCUCAAGGCUGUAGCUUUAAUUUCCCAUUCAAGUAUUUCAAGCAAUGAUGAAAAGAGAUUGAUAGCACCCUUGUCAAGUGAAGAACUAGAGUGUCUAAGACAUGAAAUCAGAAACUUGAGAAAAACCCGUGACUUCCUCCUUGAAAAAAAAUUCAAAAUUGAUGCCAAGUCAAAGAAAACAAAGAUGCUGAAUGAAAUUGAGGAGAGAAAACUAUUUCAGUAUGAAGAAGCCAUAGAGGGAAUAGACUUGGCCAUAGAGUACAAGAAUGAAAUCAUUUGUGGUCAUCAGCCAGUGAGUGAACAAGCACUGGAAAGGCUGGAGGAACAAGGGGACAAAUUGUUGAUGGACAGAGUUAUGAAGUUAACUGAAAAUGAAAUGAGAGUCCUCCUGCACAAUUAUUUUCAGAAGGUAAUUGAUUUGAGGGGUAGCAGUAAAAAGCUGGAACUGCAAGUGACAGAAUUCGAAUCCCAGAACGAAAAUCUAGCCUGUCAAGUACAGAACCUCAGCCAUACUUUGCGAAAAGUUCGCUUGGAAGGAGAGAGAAGGAUGGUACUGAUGCAGCAGCAACACGAAAAUAAGAUCCACCUGGUUUUGCGCCAUCUAGCCAAUGAUGGAGGCGAAUCAGAUCAGGUCAUACCAAGGGUCAUAGGUGGCAAGCUGCGGCCGGUAGGCGGCACCAGCAAGCAGGUGGGCAAGAACAGCAGUCUCAUCACCAGGAUCACGAGCAUCGCGCGGCACGAGAUCGUGCCCAGGCAGCUGCAAUCCGUCAUUCCUGCGCCGCAGGCGAAGGUCACCAGGCAGAAGAACAAGUUGAUCAUUCAGCAAACGAAUAAGUGAGGACUUGAUAGCGAGCGACAAUGGUAUGUUUCGACUGUGGAUGAAAUUAUGAUUCCACUGGAGAUUAGGCAACGUGAGGUUAUUUCAACAGUUAGUUUCAAAAGUCAUAUCAAGCUGAUAUGCAAUAAUAAAACUGAAGUUUAUUGGUUAGAGAUGGUUAGAGUGACCCCUGAUUUAUAGAUUCAAUAAUGUAAGGUAACCCAAGUACUUCCGUUAUACAAUAGAAGAUAACACAUAGGAUUUUUCCAGUAUAGUGGGCCGAUUCUCAAAUGGCGAAUAAAAUUCUCGCACAUUUUCAUUAUCAAAUUCGUGUUUUUCAGAAAAAAUACGUAAGUACCAAAAAAAAAAUUUCGGAAAAAAACCCAUCGCAUGAUAAGUGCAAAAUUACCGAAUACAUUUCUACUGUUGAUAUUUUUCCUGUCUAGACGAGAAAUUCAUAAAAUAUUUAAGGUCUAUAAUAUGCUCAGAUUUCAGAACCCUAUUUUCAACAUUUAUGUGGAACAAUGAUACAAAUUAUAGGGAUUUUUUAUUUGAAUGUACAUAUUUUGGGUUGACUGCCUUUUUAUGUGAUAUUUAUUAUACUUACAAUUUCUUUGUCUCUCAAAGAAUCUGAUAGUUUUCUUUAAUUAUAAUAAUUGUACUUGUAACUCUACAUUGUACUAUUCCAACAGAGAAUAAAUAAUAUUAUCCAGUAUUAUAA